AUUGGAGACACUAGGUAGACAUCCACACUAGCUUUGGCCAGUGCCAAGAAUUGUGAGAGACACUCUCCCGGUUGUGGGCAAUAGUCAAGACGAAAGAGUAAAAGUACAUGCCUUUGCUCGUGACCGAUUGCCAUCAUGGUGACCCUACUGUCACAGAUCCAAGCUCUUGGGGUUAUCGUGGACAUUGAUUCCAUGGAUCCCAAGGCAGCCGAAUCCUUGUCUGUCUCGACGACGUUCCAUUCCAUGACGUCUAAUCAGGCGAUUGUGAAUGGCCAGUUGCAAGUGCAAUGGGACGCGAAUUUGGAACCCCUUGUAUCUCAGUAUGUCCAGGACAUUGCGAUCGACAUAUCAACCGAGGAUGGUAUUUUGAAUGUGCUGAAUCUCGUGACUGUCCUUCUCGCUAGCAAAGUCAUUCCAUAUCUGGACAAGACGGGUAGAGUUCUCGCGCAGACAUCACCUCGCACAGCAUACGAUAAGGAUGCCACUGUUGCACACGCAAGGGCUCUUAUCAGCGCUUUUGGCAAACGCGGCAUAUAUAAGGAUCGGGUCUGUAUAAAAAUACCAGCCACACCGGAAGGCAUCCUUGCGUGCAAGGAGCUGGAGGAAAGCGGCAUACGUACACUCGGAACUUGUUUGUUCUCUGUCCCGCAGGCUAUGGCAGCAUCGCAGGCGGGAUGUCUCUCUAUUUCACCUUACUUCAAUGAAUUACGAGUACACUUUCCAGAAGGUGCCUCCUCGUAUGUUGAAUACAACGACCCCGUUCGGCAGCAUCCUAUGUCACCGGUGAUAUGCUCAAUUAUACAAGCCUUCAAGGAGAAACAAACAAGCACGACUGUGGUGCCAGCGAGUAUCAUCACACUAGACGAGGCUGUUGCUCUGGCAAGACUUCGUCCACAUCACUUAACCAUAUCGGACAGGGUACUCGCUCUGCUCGCUGCUGCACCCGGAAGAUCAGACGAUGAGUUAGCUGCUGUUACAUUGGAAGUGGCCGGAGAAAAGUCUGUGUUGGACGCUGACUAUUUGUCCAACAGCGCAGCUGCCCUGCAAACCGCGCUUUCAAAGGAUGCAGAAACCUCCCGGAAGAUCAAAGAAGCUGUUGAGAUUUUUGGUCAACAGGAGGAGAAAUCGAUCCAGUUCUUGCGGGAGGCGCUGUCCACCAAAGAAGCCUGACCUCACGAGUCACGACUAAAUAUUCAUCCUGUUAGGACUGAUGUUUCUAAGAAGCUCAGGUUACUGGCUGUAGAGGUGUACGUUUUGGAGUGGAUCGCGAGCGUUGACACGUAAAAGAUGGUCUUUGCAAGGAGAGACGCUGCUGAUUAACUCGCUCGUCGACACUCUGAUAAUGGGUGAUGCUGAUAUUCAACGAGCUCAUCAGGUGAUGAUACGUGGAAUGCGGCCUGAAAUACUGACGAGCCAGAGGUUCUGUACGUCCAAAGAUGAUUCCUUGAGGCAUAGGUGGAGUCGUAGACUCAUCACCCAGUCCCAAACUGCUUGAUGUUUUUUUUUCUGUGUCAAAGUACCAUUUGCAUAUUUGCAUCUUGUAACGUUGAAC